CAGCAAGCCAAGCUUAACUCAUCCAAUGAAUGGGGAAUAACUCCUCGUGAACCUUGUCGGACUUGCCACCGACGCAUAACGUUGUAAACCAACGACCCGUCGCUCCGAAACAGUGAAUUGAGUGUUCUUGGUCACAUUCGUCCGUUCAGCUGUCCAGUCCCGAUUAUUCUCCUUAAACUCAGAAUUAGCUUGUCAGCCCCGGGUAAUUCGUUCAUCUCUUUUCUUCAGAACCAGGACGAAGGGUUCGAUAAUUGUUUGCCGCCGUCCACGCCUUUGACGCCUGCGAGAUUCUUAUGAUUUAUUGAGCGAGCUCCCGAACCAUCGACUUCUUUUCUCUAUCGCAAACUCUCUGCCCAUUAAGCCAGUUAAACACCAAUUGCUUUGUGGCCAACCUGGCCGCGCAAGCCGAUGGCCCCUAAAAAAUCAAAACCUUCAAGAUCUUCGCGAUCAUCUUUACAUCGGUCAAGUGCCUCCAUACACAACAAGACAGAGAUAAAGAUUCACGUCUAUGAUCUCCUACCUCCCGGGAAAUUAUCAUCGACCCUUUGGGCACUUGGAACCUCACUUCUCCAUUCAGGAGUUGUUAUCAACGGCAAAGAAUACGCAUACGGUGGUCACGACAGGCGGGGAGUGACGGGUGUAUACUGGACCAAGCCAGGAAUUGAGCCUCCGGGAGGUAUCUUCAAAUGCGAAAUACUCCAUGGCUUUACAUUCUCGCCUCAACACGAAAUCGAUGCCAUUAUCCGCGCGGCAUCAGAACAUUUCCUCGGAACGGCAUACAAUCUGCUUACCAAGAACUGCAAUCACUUUACGCAAUAUCUCUGCCAGAAGCUCACCGAUAGGCCAGGCCCAGGAUGGCUGAACCGUGCAGCAAGCAUAGGUGUUGCUCUGCCUUGUAUUGUACCGCGCGACUGGGUUGAGCCACCCGACUGCGACCUGGCCGACGGCGAGUUGCUUGCAGAUGAAGACCAUGAUGAGGACAAUUCUACGGAACGAUCUCGGAUGCUUCGAAACUCUGCCGAUAGACCGAGAUUGAUAACACUAGAUGAGGGUUCCGAGGGUGGAGGCCGCAGCAGUGACGAGGGCCAGCCUCGAGCAAGCAUGUCUAAAGGACAAAGAAGGAACUCCAUCCGCGACACAUCUGGAAGACAAUUGCCUGCCGCAGAGAGAGCCCCUGCCUCCCGGGUACAGCUUCUGUGAAUAUUUGGAUAUGUGACUAGCGACAUUUGAUGCAUGAAGCUUUGCUGUUUUUGAUACCAUGAAUCGAGUAGCUUUCAGUUUGGCAAGAGCUCUGUCAUUCUGCGUUUGUUGUUGUUUCUUUCACAUGUUUUUCUCCCUUUGUUUUUGGGGCAUUGAAUUUACGGGGAGAGAUAUUCUGAUACUGGCCUCAAGUAUUUGACCUUGAACUGGCAUAUCAUUUUUAGCCGUCAAGCGGAAAUGACCAUAUCCUUGCCAAUGAAAUUCUGAAUCUUACUUCGUAUUACCGUGAGCAAGUCUGAUUGUUCUUGUCGAUUCUUCACAUAGUAACUCCUUGCACAUACAAAAUAGGUAUCAAUGUGGG